AUGAAAGGUUUGAAUUACAGAUUUCCUCAUUCUAGAUAAGAUUCAGGAUAAGCCAACAGAGGCGACAAAAGUUUGCUAAAUCAAGGAAACCAAGGGGCCCAAGUAAUGCAUAUAUUCUACAACCAUUUAAUAGAUGGAAUGAACACAACGAUCAUUCUCCUUCCCCCUUAAUGCAUGCCAUGUAGAAGAUUUCAGUAUAGUCUAGUUAAUCUACAUCUGCUAAUCAUUCUAAAAAAUCCUCCAUUUCUUAAACCUAAAUAAACCCAAUAGAUGUCAUUUCUAAAUUAUUUGAUUCUUAAAAAAGAGGAUGAAGAGCAAGAGAAACAAGUAGUUCAACAAUAACAGAAUCAACAUAAACAAUAAUAGUCAUCAUUCAUGUAAAAUAAUUACUUCCCCAAUGAAGUAGUCGUUUAGAGAAACAUGUUUAAUUUUUUGUAUGUUAUUGGAAUUGGUGGGUUUGGUAAGGUUUGGAGAGUAGAGCACAAAAAAAAUGGUUAGACUUAUGCUAUGAAAGAGAUGUCUAAAGCUUUGUAUUAAUAUAUUCUCAUAUCAAAAGGAUCAUUGCUAAAAAAAGUGUAAAUUCUUGUUAUCAAUGAAAGAAGCAUAUUGAGUAACCUUAAACAUCCCUUUCUUGUUAACAUCUACUUUGCUUUCUAAGACAGAGAAAACUUAUUUUUAGUAUUGGAUUACAUGCAAGGAGGAGAUCUGAGAUAUCACAUAGGAAGAAUGCGUAGAUUCAGUGAGGAUCAAACAAGAUUUUUUAUGGCUUGCAUCUUUCUAGGAUUAGAACAUAUGCACUCUAAAAAUAUAAUACAUAGAGACAUCAAACCAGAGAAUUUAGUCUUAGACAAAAAUGGAUAUGUCAGAAUUACUGAUUUAGGCAUUGCUAGAGUUUUGAGACCUGAUAAUGCUUAAGAUACAAGCGGAACACCAGGAUACAUGGCUCCUGAAGUUAUGUGUAGAUAAAAUCACUCCUAUGCUGUGGAUUAUUUUGCCUUAGGAGUAAUUGGUUACGAAUUUAUGCUUGGCAAAAGGCCUUAUACAGGAAGAUCCCGUAAAGAAAUUAGAGAUUAAAUAUUGGCAAAGCAAGUCUAAAUUAAAAGAUCAGAAAUACCUGAUAAUUGGUCUCUUGAAUCUGCUGAUUUCAUCAAUCGAUUAAUUUAAAGAAAACCUGCGAAUAGAUUAGGUUUUAAUGAACCCUAGGAAUUGAGAUAGCAUUCCUGGUUUAAAAAUUUUCCAUGGUAAAAGCUCUAUAAUAAGGAAUUAAAAGCACCGUUUAUUCCUCAUCAAACAGAGGAUAAUUUCGAUGCUCGAUAAAUAUCAAUUGAAGAUGAAGAAAACAAUGAAUUGAUUCAAAAAAAUGUUAUAAUGCUAAGGAGAAAUUCAAUACAAGCACUAUUUAAUGGAUAUGAACUCGAUAAUUUUACUUAGGCAAAUGAACCUAUAAAGCAAUAACUCAACAAUAGUAAUUAUUGA